GAUGGCUCAAACUCGCGAUUUUUUGGAAGACUCCCCAUGUUGCUGCUUCCUGUACUGAAACACCGAAUUCCGUCUCCGCAGUCUGCAACCAAGCUUCACACCCCGGCUCCAUACAGGGGAAGGUCUACAAGUGAACCCCUUUAACCUUCGAACGCUAACAAUCCUCGGUCAGUGACCAGACAGUCCUGUCAACCACAGCCGUUGUCCUUGUGGCCAGGGCCGCUCUGAUUUGAGGAACGCAGCACACGAUUUCCGUAGGGGAGGUGGUGCUAGCUGGACAAGAAGCGAAAGGAACAGUAAUGUUUACAAAUCUAGUGUACUAUUAUAGCUAGUUGUUUUUUUUUAAUAUACCUUACUCGUUAGAUAUCUAAAAUCGUCAAAUGCACUUGACCUGAUGGUGACGUGCAUGUGUGACUGUCCUUACAAACAUCUAUCUGUCAUGCUCGCAAAGUAACUAGCUGGCUAAGCCACUAACAGCCAGCAACAUUUACCCCUGUUGCUGUUUUAGAACAACUUUGAAUUAUCAGUUCCUUGUACUGAUUUGCUUCGGAAAGUCGUCCAGGGCACUUAAAAAUAUUUCGAUAUGGCUCCGAAGAGAAGACCCGUUCCCCUAAAUAUCACGCCCAUUGGAGAGGGGCAGUCCAUCUCCACAACCAUCGAUGCUGCGUCUGAAGCCAAUCUGGAGGCCUUACAAAAGAAGCUAGGAGAGCUAGAUUUGGAUGAACAGCAGAGGAAACGUCUGGAGGCUUUCCUCACCCAGAAAGCCCAAGUGGGCGAGCUGAAAGAUGAUGAUUUCCACCCCAUAUGUGAGCUGGGCGCUGGCAACGGUGGAGUGGUCAACAAGGUCCGCCACAAACCCUCCAGACUGGUCAUGGCCCGAAAGCUCAUCCACCUGGAGAUUAAGCCUGCCAUCAGGAACCAGAUCAUCAGAGAGCUGCAGGUGCUGCAUGAGUGCAACUCUCCCUACAUCGUGGGCUUCUACGGGGCCUUCUACAGCGAUGGAGAGAUCAGUAUCUGCAUGGAGCACAUGGAUGGAGGCUCUCUGGAUCAGGUGCUGAAGGAAGCCAGGAGAAUCCCUGAGGAGAUCUUGGGCAAAGUCAGCAUAGCAGUACUCCGAGGACUUGCCUAUCUGCGGGAGAAGCACCAGAUCAUGCACAGAGACGUCAAGCCCUCCAACAUCCUGGUGAACUCGCGCGGGGAGAUCAAGCUGUGUGACUUCGGCGUGAGUGGCCAACUCAUCGACUCCAUGGCCAACUCCUUCGUGGGAACGCGCUCCUACAUGUCGCCGGAGAGACUGCAGGGCACACACUACUCUGUGCAGUCGGACGUGUGGAGCAUGGGCCUGUCCCUGGUGGAGCUGGCCAUCGGCCGCUACCCCAUCCCCCCGCCUGAUGCCAAGGAGCUGGAGGCCAUCUUUGGCCGGCCCGUACAGGACGGAGCCGAGGGGGAACCACACACCAUCUCCAACCGCCUCCCCAGACCACCAGGAGGGCGACCAGUCAGCGGACAUGGGAUGGACAGUCGACCAGCCAUGGCGAUAUUUGAGCUGCUGGACUACAUUGUCAAUGAGCCUCCUCCCAGGCUGCCACUCGGUGUCUUCACCAACGAUUUCAACGAGUUUGUGACAAAAUGUCUGAUCAAGAAUCCAGCAGAGCGAGCUGACCUGAAGAUGCUGAUGAACCACACGUUUAUCAAGCGUGCUGAGGUGGAGGAGGUGGACUUUGCUGGCUGGAUGUGUAAAACCAUGGGCCUCAACCAACCCAGCACCCCCACCCGUGGCACUGAAUGAGAAACCCAACGCCAACUACAUCCCACAUGAGGAUCCCCAGUGCCUCACUCUCUCUCUCUCACACACACACACACUUUGGCACCCCUUUCGUCUUGCUCUUAAGAGGUUUCAGCUCUUAAGUAUACGUAUCAUCAACAGGGCCCAUUAACUCAUUGUAUGACCACAGGUUUCCCAUACCGGUGUCGUGGUAGUCACACACAUGCUAUUUUCUCCUAUCAUAUUAAAGAUGAGGUACAAAGCAUGGAAUGACUGCCAGUUUAUCAUUUCAUGAAUUGCCAUUGAUAUCAUCUUACCACUUGUAUUGGUAAAUUAUGUUCAUGUUUUGUGCAACAGCAUAUUGGUGUAGGCUGUAGAGGAGCUAUCUUUGACAAUGAAAGUGUCCAUGACAGAAAUCAGUGCUUUGAUGGUACAGGAGGACUGCAAACCAAAAAAGGUUCUCAUCAUGACAACUAAUGUUUUGGAUAUCAUGCCUGAUCAAAGUACUUAGUUUUGUACAUUCAUGACCAGUACAUUUUUGAGAGGAGUACUUUCAAUGUUGACAUUUGACUUUGAUUUUAAUGGUCAUUAAACACUGUAAAAUGAACAUCAAAUGUGUUCAUUUUACAAAAUUGAAUGAUUUACCAUCUUAUAUUUUCCAUACACCCCAGGUCAUUAUUUUGUUUUUACUUGUAUUUGUAUCAACUGCAUGAAACUCAUUUGUCAAGUUAGAAUCUCUCAAACCGUGACUACAGAUGCUCUGAAAGGUUCCGAUUUUUGCCAGUCUACUCAAUUUAUUCCCCAGAGUGUGUUUCGGUUCUGCUCCACUGUUUUGCUCUGCGUGAGUAAGUGUAACCUCUACUCCAAGCGUUCUCUCUGUGAAGCCCCAGCGUGGUGACUGGCUUUGUGCAGGCGGGUGGGUGGUGGUUGUAACAUGUAUUAGCCUGUCGUCUAAAAGAGCCCAUGUACUGUAUGUAUUCUCUGCUUCUGUCUGAUUUUAUCAUUCUCAACAGACUUGCAUUUGUUGGUAACAAAGUGGAUGCAUUGUCGCCUGUAUGUGUAUAAAGCUAUAUAAACAGUACGCAGGUACUAUUUAGCAGUCUUAAGAAAAAACAUGUUUUUGACUCGUAUAGGGGGAAGUGGAAGAGAUGUCAUUUUAUUUUAAAAUGUGUUGGAUACGGUUGUAAUGUAAAAAUAAAACUUUUGAAUGUA